AUGACCGAGCCGACCGGUAAGACCAACAAGGGCCAAGUAGACAUUACUACUGCCCCGGCAGACGAUGGAUUCUUUGCACACAGCUCUUCAUCUUCCAUGGAAGAGAAGCAAAAGCAUGCUAGUGAUGCUGAAUCUACUUUAUCCAAGCAACACGUCAAGCAACCAGUUGACCAAAAUAUUCUUUCUUCAUAUUCUCCUGAACAAGUACAACAAAUGGGAAGAAACUAUGCCCUGAAGUACGGCCUUGACACUGAAUUGUUUGCCCGUGGUGCUCUUGUGGCAAGAACCCCAAGUGAAUUCAACUCCAUGCCAGAAUUGUCUGAAGAAGAGAAAGUUGCCCUUAAUAAAGAAGCCACAAUGAAAUGGAAUUUCCCCCGUAAGUUAUUCCUUGUGAUUGCCUUGGGCUCGAUGUCCGCUGCAGUUCAAGGUAUGGAUCAAACCGUCAUUAAUGGUGCCAAUCUUUUCUACCCAUCCUAUAUGGGUAUCGGUGGUGACUCUAGAAGAGACUUGAUGCUUUUAGGGUUAGUCAACGGUGCUCCUUACCUUGCCGCCUCAUGUAUCGCAUGUUGGUUGUCCGAUAUCACCAACCGUCAUUUGGGUCGUAAAUGGACCAUCUUCUGGACUUGUUUCAUUUCUGCAGUCACUUGUUUGUGGCAAGGAUUUGUGAAUAAUUGGUGGCAUUUAUUUAUUGCCCGUUUCCUUUUAGGAUUCGGUGUUGGAAUUAAAUCUGCCACAGUCCCAGCAUAUGCAUCCGAAUGUACUCCUAAACACAUUAGAGGUGCCUUGGUCAUGUUGUGGCAAUUUUUCACUGCAGUUGGUAUUAUGUUUGGUUACGUUGCUUCUUUGGCUUUCUACCAUGUUGGAGACCAUGGCAUUGGUGGUGGUCUUCAUUGGAGAUUGAUGUUGGCAUCCGCCAUGAUCCCUGCUGUCGUCGUUUUGUUCCAAGUUCCCUUUGUGCCAGAAUCUCCUCGUUGGUUGAUGGGUAAAGGCAGACAUCAAGAAGCAUUUGAUUCAUUGUGUCAAUUGCGUUUCCACAAAAUUACCGCUGCUAGAGACACAUUUUAUCAACAUGUUUUGCUUUCCGAGGAGAGAUCUUAUGAGGGUGUUCCAACCUGGAAACGUUUGAUUGAAAUGUUCACCAUUAGACGUAAUAGAAACGGUGCAUUAGGUGCUUGGAUCGUCAUGUUUAUGCAACAAUUCUGUGGUAUCAACGUCAUUGCCUACUAUUCUUCAUCUAUUUUCAUCGAAGCUAACAUGGGUGAAAUCAACUCAUUGUUGGCUUCUUGGGGUUUUGGUAUGAUCAACUUCAUCUUCGCUAUCCCUGCAAUUUAUACCAUUGAUACAUUUGGAAGACGUAACUUGUUAUUAACGACUUUCCCUAUCAUGUGUGUGUUCUUGUUAGUGACAGGAAUGGGAUUCUUCAUUGACCAAGAAACCAAUCCAAAUGGUAGAGUUGGUAUGAUUAUCACUGGUAUCUACUUGUUUGCUGCUGUCUAUUCUUCUGGUGAAGGACCAGUUCCAUUUACUUAUUCCGCUGAAGCUUUCCCAUUGUAUAUCCGUGACUUGGGUAUGGGUUUCGCAACCGCAACAUGUUGGUUCUUUAACUUUGUCCUUGCCUUAACUUGGCCAAUGUUGAAGACUGCUUUCACUCCUCAAGGUGCUUUUGGUUGGUAUGCUGCUUGGAACAUUGUUGGAUUCUUCUUAGUUCUUUGGUUCUUGCCAGAAACCAAGGGUUUGACCUUGGAAGAAUUGGAUGAAGUUUUCAGUGUCAGUUGUAUGAAACAUGCUAAAUGGCAAACAGCUCACUUUUGGAACAAAAUUCAAAGAGUGUUUUUACGCAGAAAGGUUGCACCUCUUCCUCCUUUAUAUGCCCAUCAAAGAAUGGCGGUCAUGAACCCAGAAUGGAAUGAAAAGACCGAAGCUUCUCAUAUUGAAUAA